AAGGUGUUGCUAACACUGGUCUCGUCGCGUCAUUCGCUGCAAGCUCAAUACGACAUUCGAGGCAUAACCUACCGCUUCGUCGUGCAACGAGGCCGUUCCCAACGCCGCCAUGAGCAAAACCAUCAGGCUGGGGACCCGGCUACGGUACCCCAUUACCAUCGUCAGGCUGCUGAAAACGCCUGGCGAGCAGAUCAAGAAACAGGAACCUCUCUUGGAGUACUCCUUCAAGUGGAAGAGGGAAAUAGUUGACGAAAUCGGCGGCAACACACGGCAGGAGGAGCAGACCACCACCGUGACAUGGGACUCACCGGCCGACGGCGAGCUGACAAAGUGGCACAUCACGGAAGGCCAGCGCAUUGUGGCGGACAGGCCCUGCAUGGUCGUCAAGGAGGAAUGCCCUCACGCAGUCCAAUUCGGCGGCCUUUGCGCCAUGUGCGGCAAGGACAUGACCGAGGUCAACUGGGCUGCCGAAACUCGGGACACCGCGCGAGCCCCGAUCCACAUGGUACAUGAUCAGACUUAUCUCACGGUCAGCGAAGAUCAUGCUCAACGCACGGAAGCGAAAUUGCAGAGACGGCUCCUCCACAGCCGGAAGCUGAGCUUGGUGGUGGAUCUGGACCAGACCAUCAUUCAAGCAUGCAUCGAUCCCACCGUCGGCGAGUGGCAGAAGGACCCGUCCAACCCCAACUACGAGUCUGUAAAGCACGUUAAGAGCUUCCAACUCGAGGAUGGCCCAUCCGACCUAGCGCGCCGGUGCUCCUAUUACAUCAAGACGCGCCCAGGCCUCGAGGACUUUCUCAACCGCAUUUCCCAAAUGUACGAAAUGCACGUCUACACCAUGGGCACACGGGCAUAUGCGCAGAACGUGGCGCGGGUGGUUGAUCCACAAGGGAGACUCUUUGGCAACCGUGUCAUCAGCCGCGACGAGAACGGCAACAUGUUCGCGAAGGAUCUUCAGCGGCUCUUCCCGGUGAGCACGCACAUGGUGGUCAUCAUCGACGACCGCUCCGACGUGUGGCCGCGUAAUCGGCCGAAUCUAAUCAAAGUCUCGCCGUAUGAGUUCUUCAAAGGGAUCGGAGAUAUCAACUCGAGCUUCCUGCCCAAGCGUCAAGACCUUCUGACGUCGGAUGCCACACCUAACGGGUCGAGCAAGAAAGGCAAGGCGCAAGAGUUGCGCCAGAUGGCCGAAAAGAUUGAUGCGACACUCAACGCCGGCGGCGAAAUGACCGGCGGUGAUGAUCCCGCUUUGACCAAGCUGCAGCUCGAGGAGCAGGAACGUGCAUUUGAGAAACAGAUCAAUGAUCGUCCUCUGCAGGUGCUCCAAGAGAAGCUGGACAAGGAAGACGAAGAAGCCGAGAAGGCAACAGUUCACUCGGAGGAUGGUUCGGAAUCUCGCUCAUCAUCCCCCCCACCACAUCGACACCGCGUCCUACAAGACGAUGACACGGAGCUGAAGUACCUGGAAAAACAUCUUACGUACCUCCACCAAACAUACUACGCCGAGUACGACAGCAACUGCGGGUCGCACGCCACAAACGGCAACGUCGAUCUCACAUUGGUCCCGGAUGUAGGCCGCAUUCUUGAGGAGCUGAAGGGGCAGGUGUUACAGGGCUUCAAGAUCGUGCUCUCCGGCGUACUACCGCGUGGAAUAGACAUCUACAGGUCCGAGAUCGGGUUGCAGAUCAUGAGCUUUGGCGCGGACCUGCUCCCCAAAAUCCGCAACGACGUGACGCAUCUCGUGGUCAACACCUCUCAGCCCGGUAGGGAGAAACUAUUCGAUGCAAGGUGCCGACCGCAUAUCAAGAUCGUCAGUCAGGAGUGGCUCGCCGAUUGCUUCAGCCGGUGGGAGGCUGUGGAUGAAACACCGUAUUUGUUUACUACUCGUCUAGUUGGCGAGGAGGAGCCAGGCGACAAGCCAAAGGGCGACGAUAUGAUUAUCGGCGAUGACACAAAUGGGGAAGCAGAGAAUACAAUGCCCAACGGCAAGCGCAGCAAAGGCCUCAAACUGAAACUGAUCGCCGCGCCUGGACACACAAGGAAACCAAAACCUGUGGGUGACGGUGACGAGGACGAUUCGGAGGACUCUGAUGACUCGGAGAUCGAGGAGGGCUUGCUGCCAGAGGACCUGCCCGAUGGCCAGGUCUCCCCGAUCGAUAGCCUGAAGACCUUUAAUUGGGACUCUGCAGACGCCGAGCUCGCCGAGUUUCUCGCGAGUGGGUCAUCCGACGAAGAGGAGGACAACGAGGAUGACGAAGACGACGAGGACGAUGAUGCCAGCGACGAUGUAGAUUACGUCAAAAACGAAGAAGAUCAGGAGAUUUCCAGCUCAUCCGACAACUCCCGCAAGCGCCGUGCGAGGAGGAGCAGGAGCAGGAGCAAGACCGCCAGCCCAUCUUCUCCGAGUCGGAAACGUAAGAGUCACGACGAUGAGGAGGAAGCUGGUACUGAGUCGGGUGGUGGUGAUGAGAGUCCUACCAAGAAGUUGCGGAGGACGAAGAGCCAGCGCGCGUCUUCAUUGAGGAAUCAGUAUGUUGCUGAUGAAGAUGAGCCUCAGCAAGGGGAUCAUAGCGGACUGCCUACCCCUCUGGGGACGGACGAUGCGGAUGCGAAGCAGCAAAAGGAAGUGAACGCGAGCCCAGUCCCGAUAGAGGAAGGCGGGGAAGAGGAUGACGACUUGGACUUCGACGAGGCCGAGUUGGAAGCGGAGUUCGAGCGCGAGUUCGAGCGCGAAUUUGAUAAAGUUGGGGCGGAAGCCCAGGCGGAGGAAGACGGGUUGAGACAAGGGGAUAUGGACGGAGCGGAUACGGAGAAAGGAUAGGUAGCCUUUGUCCCACGUGCAACUCGGCCCAGUGAUUGGGACCCGUCGACGCUCUCAAACAACCAUCAACAAGAUAUCGGAUCGCGGUUCGGCGGAGUUGGUUUGGUUUAGCGGGCUGAUCUGGGGUGAACGGAGUUCUCUGGGGCUUAUUUGUGUAGCUUAGUACUUGUAGUGGCAUUACCUCGCAUCAUCCAUUCUCAGGAGUUAUCUGCCUCUUCUCUCC